CCGAAUUAGUAGUCCUUAAUAAACUAUGUAAAUUGAAGUUUAUUUUUUAUGUCUUGCUUGAAACACCUACUAUAUAACCCCCUCUGCACCUUCAUUCUUUGCACUCAGCAGUAAGACCUGAUCUCUUCACCGUUAUCUACCUCUAUCUUUUUUCCAUUUCAGUCACUCUUUUGAACUUUCUUAUCACCAUGAAGUCACUCGUUUCAAUUCUAGUAGUAGUAACUACCACCUUGGCGGGCACCCUUCCCAAACCCGCUGCGCUCAUUAAACCCGGCUUCAUCCCAACGUUCAUUGAAACAUUCGACUACUAUCCAGGAACACUUCCCUCGACCUCAAACUGGAUCUUCGACCUUGGAACAUCCUAUCCCGGCGGAGCAGAGCGAUGGGGAAACAACGAGUUCCAAACCUACACAGACUCUACUUCUAACAUACACGUAACGAAACAACAAAAUUUGGCAAUUAUACCGCAACUCAAAAAAGGUCAAUGGACGUCGGCAAGAAUCGAGACUCAGCGAAGCGAUUUCGUUGCUGCUGAAGGAGGGAAAUUGCUUGUUGAGUCGCGCAUUAAACUUGGUACAGCGCCGACGGCGCAACAGCAAGGUAUCUGGCCAGCCUUUUGGGCUUUGGGCAGCGAGUUCAGAGGGAAUUACACAAAUUGGCCGAUGGCUACAGAAUGGGAUUUUCUCGAGGUGAUCAGUGGUGGAUCAGUAAUGUACUCCACCAUUCACUGCGGGUUUGCUCCUGGAGGACCAUGCAACGAGUACAACGGGUUGGGAAGUGGAGGCGUGGAUUUUUCAAGGGGCGUGUUCCACACUGUUGGUUUCCUAGUUGAUAGGAGUAUGUGUGGGAAAGGAAAAAACGGGACUUGGCUGGACGAGACGCUGAAUUGGUAUUUGGAUGGAAAGAAAAUCUUCACGGUCACGGGUGCGACAGUUGAGGAUGAGCCGACAUGGGUGAAAUUGGCGCAUGAGCGGCAUUUUCUGCUCCUUAACUUGGCGGUAGGUGGGAAUUGGCCGGGUCCACCAAACAAUCUUACGAUUGAUGGGCCCUCUGUUGGGAUGGAGGUGGAUUAUGUGGGGGUUUGGAAUACAUUGUAGGAUUCUGUAGAAGUUCUGUCUAGCAUUUUACUUAGCUAUUGGGGAGUUUAUUGCCUACAGCGCUGCCCAUACUAACAACUACACAGGUCUCACGGUCUAGGGGGAAGGAUAUAGGUGUAAGUCUUCUUAGU